AGAAAAGGACUUUCGUUGAACUUAGCUCAAUCCGCCUGGUGCGAUUAAAUAUUGCGGAAAAUUGACUGGGCUGUUAAUAUCCAAGGUGCAUGUAAUGUCUGUCAAACCACAAACACUGUUAUGUGGUUAUGCACUGUUGUCACGUGAGAACUAAUGACUGUGUCAGCAUCUGUGGCCGGUUAUAAUUCGCGCUCGUUCUUUUGCACUCGUUUUGCGUUUAAAUCAAUUUCAGACGAUGGAGUCAGGUAAAUUUCAGUUUGCAAUCGAUCGUGGAGGUACUUUCACGGAUAUUUACGCGCGUUGCCCGAAUGGAAAUGUGCGUGUUAUGAAGUUGCUAUCAGAAGAUCCGUUGAAUUACCCAGAUGCCCCCAGGGAGGGCAUCAGGAGGAUACUCCAAGAGGAAACUGGACACCACUUCCCACCUGCAGAUCCCAUUGACACUUCCCUCAUUGAAUGGAUCCGCAUGGGUACGACGGUGGCCACCAAUGCAUUGCUGGAGAGGAAAGGAGAACGCAUGGCUCUAGCAGUUACAGCUGGGUUUCGUGAUCUCCUUUACAUUGGCAACCAGGCCAGGCCUCAUUUAUUUGAUGUGACAUGUUCCUGUCCAGAUGCCUUGUACGAGGGUGUUAUUGAAGUGCAAGAGCGAGUGAUACUUGCAAGAGAUGACUGUAAGCUGGAUAUCAAGGCACGCGCAACUACAGGCAAAACUGGGGAAAAGGUGAUGGUAUCCAAACCUCUGGAUGUGGAGGCCUUGAAGAAAGACUUGCAGAGCGUCUUGAACAACGGAGUUCGAAGCUUAGCAGUUGUCUUGAUACAUUCUUACACUUACGAAGAGCACGAGAGGCAAGUUGGGCAGUGUGCACUGGAAAUGGGAUUCGAGCAUGUAUCCCUGUCAUGCGAGGUCAUGCCUAUGGUUCGUGUAGUGCCACGGGGUUUCACAGGUUGUGUUGACGCCUACCUUACACCAUGCAUCAAGAAAUAUGUUCGUAGCUUUGCAAGUGGUUUCAAAGAUGGGCUCAAGGAUGUUGGGGUGCUCUUUAUGCAGUCCGACGGUGGACUCACACCAAUGCAAAUGUUCUCAGGCUCACGUUCAAUCCUGUCGGGUCCAGCUGGAGGUGUGGUUGGAUUUGCGAAGACGUCAUAUGAUGAGCAUUCCAAAGUGCCUGUCAUAGGGUUUGACAUGGGAGGUACUUCGACGGACGUCAGCCGUUAUGACGGCAGCUUUGACCACACUUUUGAAACCACCACAGCUGGCGUUGUAAUUCAGGCACCGCAGCUAGACAUUAGCACAGUGGCAGCUGGGGGAGGUUCGAUGCUGUUUUUCCGGUCAGGAAUGUUUGUCGUAGGGCCAGAAUCGGCUGGAGCGCAUCCUGGACCCACGUGCUAUCGGAAAGAUGGUCCCCUCACUGUGACGGAUGCUAACUUGCUCCUGGGACGCAUUCUUCCAAACUACUUUCCAAAGAUAUUCGGAAGCACCAAGGACCAACCGCUUGAUAAGGAUGCAACAGUCCACGCCUUUGAGAAUCUCACAACUCAGGUGAAUAGUUUUCUAGCCAGCCAGUCAUCCUCGCAGUCCAUGACUGCAGAAGAGGUGGCUAUGGGUUUUGUGGCUGUUGCCAAUGAAUCCAUGUGCAGGCCAAUCAGGGCUAUUACACAAGGCAAAGGAUAUGACACUUCAUUGCACGUACUGGCAUGCUUUGGUGGAGCAGGUGCACAGCAUGCAUGUGCUAUAGCACGUUCACUUGGGAUGAAGAAGGUCCUUAUCAAUAGGUAUGCUGGUAUUUUGUCAGCAUAUGGAAUGGCAUUAGCAGAUGUUGUGCAUGAAGCACAGGAACCAUGUGCUGUGGUCUACAACAGUGAUACCAUCGCUGCAGUUGACGAACGCAUCCACCAUCUCAAUUCCAAAUGCAUAAAUCAACUAACGAAACAAGGAUUUCAAAAACAAAGCGUAACUCUGGAACCGUACCUGAACAUGCGUUACCACAAGACUGACUGUGCCAUCAUGGUGUCUGUAACCAGUAAAUCAGCUGACGUGCCAAAAACGUCCGUCUUUGGAGACUUUGUUGCAGCUUUCCAAGAGAGGUACACGCGUGAAUUUGGCUUUACCAUUCCGGAUCGUGACAUCAUCAUCGACGACGUCCGUGUGCGGGGUAUUGGUCAACAGCACGUACACGAGAGUGUUUCCAUUAUGAAGUCCAGAGGCGAUCAACCAAAUCCUUGUGAGGUCACCGAAUGCUACUUUGAAGACCGUUUCCACAAGACCGCCGUUUUCCUUCUGCAAGACCUGCUGGCUGGUCAUGUGAUCCCAGGUCCCGCUAUCAUCAUAGACAAAACAUGUACCAUUGUAGUGGAACCAUCUUGCACUGCAGAUAUUCUGGAGAGUGGUGAUGUUGCUAUAACGGUGGAUAAAGUUCAGGAAGAGAGAAUAAGCACUGAGCUGGAUGCUAUCUGUUUAUCUGUAUUUUCCCAUCGCUUCAUGAGCAUUGCUGAACAGAUGGGCAAGGUUCUGCAGAGGACAGCGAUUUCAACAAAUAUCAAGGAGCGUCUUGAUUUUUCUUGCGCACUCUUUGGCCCUGAUGGUGGUCUUGUGUCAAAUGCCCCACAUAUUCCUGUGCACCUGGGAGCAAUGCAGGAAGCUGUACAAUUUCAGAUGAGGCACCUCGGGGAUGACCUGAGGUCUGGCGACGUGAUUCUUUCCAAUCAUCCCUGUGCUGGUGGGAGUCAUCUUCCUGAUCUCACCGUUAUCACUCCUGUGUUCUAUGAGGGUUGUGAAAAGCCAGUCUUUUUCGUUGCCAAUCGUGGACAUCAUGCAGACAUUGGCGGGAUCUCCCCCGGUUCGAUGCCUGCCCAUUCACAUUCCCUAUUGGAAGAGGGGGCCACAUUUCUCUCAUUUAAGAUAGUCAAAGGAGGCGUUUUUCAACAAGAAGCCCUGAUAGAAGCACUCAAUGCACCAGCAAAGUUGCCCAACUGUAGUGGAUCACGCAACCUCAGAGACAACAUUGCUGAUCUACAAGCACAAAUUGCAGCCAACCAAAAGGGUAUAAGUUUAGUUAAGGAGUUGAUCAACCAAUAUGGGUUGGAAGCAGUCCAAGCCUACAUGGGACACAUUCAGAAAAAUGCGGAGGUUGCAGUGCGUGACAUGCUUCGCAGCAUCGCAAGUACAGCAAUAAAGGAGCAGGGCAGAGCGAGGCUGUUUGGCUGCGACCGCAUGGACGACGGCUCUCGGAUCAUGCUCGCAGUCGAACUUGAGGAAACGACGGGAUCGGCCGUGUUUGAUUUUACUGGAACGUCUUACGAGGUUUACGGAAAUUGCAAUACACCAAGAGCUGUCACUCUAUCAGCCAUCAUAUACUGCCUCCGGUGUAUGGUUGGACACGAUGUGCCCCUUAACCAGGGCUGUCUGGCUCCUAUAAAGGUCGUCAUUCCGAAGAAUUGCCUACUGAACCCAUCGGAUGAUGCCGCUGUUGUCGGCGGUAAUGUACUGACAUCGCAACGAAUUGUGGAUGUUAUCUUCAUGGCCUUUGGCACAUGCGCCGCUUCUCAGGGUUGUAUGAACAACAUAACAUUCGGUGACGAUACGAUGGGGUAUUAUGAGACCAUUGGGGGCGGAGCAGGAGCCGGGCCACGCUGGAACGGUAGAAGUGGAAUCCACACUCACAUGACGAACACUCGUAUCACGGACCCCGAAAUUUUGGAAAGACGUUAUCCAGUAAUCCUGAAGCGCUACCACCUAAACCCUGGCACUGGUGGCAAGGGCUGCUUUACUGGUGGUAAUGGUGUCAUCAGGGAAAUGCUCUUUAGGAAAGAGUUCCACCUCUCAGUGCUCACAGAAAGGCGCGUCUUUGCUCCUUACGGCCUCAAAGGUGGUGAACCAGGGCGUUGUGGAUUGAACCUGCUGUUCUUUAACAAUGGACGAACUGUCAACCUGAGCUCAAAAUGUGCACUUGCUGUGUCACCAGGGGAUAUCCUUCACAUAGAAACACCUGGUGGCGGUGGCUUUGGGUUUCGGACUGAUUCCGAUGACUCGAUGACAUCCAUUACAGAGAAAGACUAACUAUAUUUUUAUAACAAUGUCGCAUAUGAGAAGAAACAACGAAAUAGGCGUUUAGGCCUUGUAAUAAUAAACCAUGAUCAUUGGAA